CUGUCCCGUGUCAAUCAUCAGCGCACGCGGGGACUCGGACAGCAACAUGGCGACUGAGUUCCACAACCUGCAGGAGUUGAGGCACAGUGCAUCCCUGGCCAAUAAAGUCUUCAUCCAGAGAGACUACAAUGAGGGAACCACCUGCAAGUUCCAGACAAAGUACCCCUCUGAGCUGGAGAGCAGGAUCGAGCGAACUCUAUUUGAGGACACUGUGAAGACCCUCAAUAACUACUAUGCGGAAGCAGAAAAGAUUGGAGGCCAGUCUUACCUGGAAGGCUGUCUGGCGUGUGUUACAGCAUAUCUUAUCUUCCUCUGCAUGGAGACACGCUACGAGAAGGUGUUGAAGAAGAUUGCCAAGUACAUUCAGGAGCAGAAUGAAAAGAUCUAUGCUCCCAGGGGGCUGCUCAUUACUGAUCCCGUAGAGAGGGGAAUGCGCGUUAUAGAGAUUUCCAUCUAUGAAGACAGGGGUUCCAGCGGCUGCAGCUCGGGGAGCAGCUCUGUGUCCAGCAGCACAGCUCGAUGACUGGGUACUCCUGACAAGACAACGUCCCCCUGAUCACUCAGAACCCUAGAGAACAACUUCGGACAUUUGAACCGCUCUGACGCGUCUUCACGGCUCUCAUAAAAAGUUACCUAAGAAAGACCUGUUAGUCCUCAGCUGUAUUACAUUAUUUAUCAGGCAUUGUGAACACGUAAAAUAUGCACUUCAGUAAUUUGUUGCAAUGCACCUGACGAACAAAAACAUUUUGCUGGCAAUUCUUGGUGUGAUUGCACCAUUAGUUUCCUAUAUUUUUUAAGUGAUGUGUUAUCUGGUAGGUGGGAUGCAUUCGAGUGGAUGUAUUCAAACCACAAUCCUUGUACCUCAACCAAAUUGAACCUACCAGGAAGUAGGGCUACACUCAUUAUAACUAACCAGGCACACUAACACUAGCUUUGAAAUAGUUGACAUGUAGCUUUGACAUUGUCAAAUGAUAUAGGUGUUAGUAGAAAUAUUACAAGGGCAUGAGUCACCGACCUUAGUCCAGAUCUCGACACUAUAGAUCAAAAUCAAGUCCAGAUCAAGACACCAUAUCAUAUUGUUUCGUAGCAGGUGAAUGUGAUUCAUCCAUGUAUACGUAAUGUAGCACGUCUUCCUUUUUCCACACACAAAGCGUAUAUUUUACUAAAUUCACAGACGUUUAAAACAUUUUUUUUUCUGUUCGAGAUCAACUCUUCCAAAAUUGGAUUUAUGCAAGGACGUAGCAAAGAUGAGCAUGUUAGACAAAGUACUAGUCAAAUCGUCUUCCUGAAUCUUCACUGUCAUGUAUUGAAUUACACAUGCAGAAGGCAUAAUAGUUAUCGGACCAAACCUCCAAAGACAAAUAUUUGCCAAAAAGAGGUUCAUUAAUGUGAAUGUCUAAUUUUGUGCAAGCACAAACUUUGGUGCAGCUUUUUGUUUGUUACACAUGGUGAUGAAGUGUUACGACUGCUGUCCAAUAAAAUAAUAAUUUAA